GGCUGCGAGGCUGGGGGCGGAGGGGCUGGGGAGUUGGGCGCGUUAUAUUCGUUUGCUGUUGGGCUGGUGGCGUUGGCGGCCUGGGGCAGCCGGGAAGCGAGCGGCUAGGAGCCGACCUUCUUGCCAGCCGCGCUGUGACGGCUUCUCGGCUUUGCCUUCCUUGCUGAGGUCCCCGCUGCCAGGCUCCGGCCCCAGUGAAGUAGUCUGAUCAGUCAUGGUCCCCUGAACAGGGCUUACAAGGACCUUGUUUUCAUCCUUUCUCACCCAUAAAGUGCUCCAUUCUCGUCCUUCAAGACUCAGGUCACAUACCUUCUGUUCUGUGAAACCUUUGCACCUCUUAAUGAUCUCUUCUGUCUCUGCACUUCAGACAACACGAUGUUGGGCGAAGAGAAGACGUCUGUAAGAAAACGGCUGUCGAAGUCCAGUAAACAUGCUGAGGAAAAGGAAGAAGGCCAGAGAGACUGUACAGAGGAGUGCCAAGAGACACCUAGUAACGGUGUUGGGGCUACAGCAGUGAUUGAUACAGAUGUGUUUGCCCUCAUGGAGCUCCAAGGUCGGAUUGAUUUAAAACAGCUGAUAGCAAAGAAGAUACAGUUGACAGCAGAGGCAGAGGAAUUGAAGCCCUUUUUUAUGAAGGAAGUUGGCAGUCACUUUGAUGAUUUUGUGACCAAUCUCAUUGAAAAAUCCGCAUCAUUAGACAAUGGUGGUUGUACCCUCACAUCCUUUUCUGUUCUUGAAGGAGAGAACAGCCACAGAGCUAAAGAUCUGAGAGCACCUCCAGAACAUGGAAAGAUUUUUGUUAUAAGACGAUCUCUCUUAGAUGAGCUGUUUGAGGUGGACCACAUCAGAACGAUAUAUCACAUGUUCAUUGCCCUCCUCAUUCUCUUCAUUCUCAGCACACUUGUAGUAGAUUACAUUGAUGAAGGAAGGCUAGUGCUUGAGUUCAAUCUCAUGUCUUACGCUUUUGGCAAACUUACUGUUGCUAUGUGGACGUGGUGCACCAUGUUCUUAUGUACACUUACAGUUCCCUAUUUCCUGUUUCAACGCUGGGCCAGAGGCUAUCACAGGAGUUCUCAUCCAGUAGUCCAUUCUGUCUUGCAUUGCUUCCUUUUUGUGGUCUUCCAGAUUGGAGUUCUAGGUUUGGGACCACUUUAUGUUGUAUUAGUGUAUACACUACCACCAGCUUCCCGAUUCAUUGUUAUACUCGAACAGAUUCGUUUGAUAAUGAAGGCCCACUCAUUUGUCAGAGAGAAUGUGCCUCGGGUACUCAAUUCAGCCAAGGAGAAAUCAAGCACUGUUCCAGUACCCACAGUCAACCAGUACUUGUACUUCUUAUUUGCUCCUACCCUCAUCUACCGUGACAACUAUCCCAGGACUCCCACUGUAAGAUGGGGUUAUGUGGCUAUGCAGUUUGCACAGGUUUUUGGUUGCUUUUUUUAUGUGUACUACGUCUUUGAAAGGCUCUGCACCCCCUUGUUUCGGAACAUCAAACAGGAGCCCUUCAGCGCUCGUGUUCUGGUCUUAUGUAUAUUUAACUCCAUCUUGCCAGCUGUGCUGAUACUGUUCCUUAGUUUUUUUGCCUUUUUGCACUGCUGGCUCAAUGCCUUUGCUGAGAUGUUACGCUUUGGUGACAGGAUGUUUUAUAAGGACUGGUGGAACUCCACAUCAUACUCUAACUAUUACAGGACCUGGAAUGUGGUGGUCCAUGACUGGCUAUAUUACUAUGCUUACAAGGACUUUCUCUGGUUUUUCACAAAGAAGUUCAAGUCAGCUGCCAUGUUAGCUGUCUUUGCUGUGUCUGCUGUAGUGCACGAAUAUGCCUUGGCUGUUUGCUUGAACUUUUUCUAUCCAGUGCUUUUCGUGCUCUUCAUGUUCUUUGGAAUGGCUUUCAACUUCAUUGCCAAUGAUAGUCGGAAAAGGCCAAUUUGGAAUGUUCUGAUGUGGACUUCCCUUUUCGCGGGCAAUGGAGUCCUCCUGUGCUUUUAUUCUCAAGAGUGGUAUGCACGUCAACACUGCCCCUUGAAAAAUCCCACAUUUCUGGAUUACAUCCGGCCACGUUCCUGGACUUGUCGUUAUGUGUUUUAGAAGCUUGGACUUUGUUUCCUUCCUUGACUGAAGAUUGGGUAUUCUACCUGAUUUGGGGCCAGCAUCUGUUUCCAGCCGUUACUGAAGUUAUCUGUGUUAUUUGGACCACUCCAGGCUUUACAGAUGGCUCACUCCAUUACUAGGUCACCUGAAGCUGAGCUGUUAGAAGUUUCCUGGAAGCUUGUACACUUUUAAGCAGUUCUUAAUUUUUUCCUUUUUGGGAGAAGGGAGACUUGUAGCUGAUAUAAUGACAGAUUUUUGCUGGGUCAUAUCAGCUUAAACAUCAGAAAUUCUGUUUUGUUUCUUGAUUGCAUCUAAUUUGAGACUAAACAUCAUGCUUUCUUGGCCACUGAAUUAGCCAAAACAUUGAUGAAGAAAUCAUUUAAGUACCCCUGGCUUAGAAAUUUUUUCAUGUGCAUUGUUGGAAUGUAUGCUCAUUAACCAUGCAAUUGGGAAAGAAAAUAAUGUGGAAUGUUUUGCUAUUUCUAGUAAAGAGAAAAUAUCUAUUUUUCCAAAGAUAAUCUUGUUAUAUAUCCUAAUUUGUAUUUUUUUUUUAAAGUUCAGUUCUAUUUUUAUCUUGUUUUUGCUAUACAGUGUAGGUCGUGAUAUCUGUGAAGCAAAAUUAUCCCUUUCACCUUGAAUUCUUGAGUUUGCAUCCAUAAUAUUAUAUAUCGAAGGGGACAGAAGUAGGAAGGGAAAAAGAAGUGGCACAGGACAAAGAAAAAUAUUUCCUCUUUUAAUUUCUAAAGUAAUUUUUAAAAGAACUUGCAGAGUCAAUAAUGUGUUUAAAUUAUUUUAUUGUGGAACUUAUGUGGAAGAUAACUUUUGUUGUUUAAACUUUCAGGUAAUAACUUCUUUGAAGUUAUUUAGAAGUAACCUUUGGUACAGUUAUUUUAUCUAAUAAAUACUGACAUGAAUUAUUUUUCAGACUAGUAAGUCUGUUACAUAAGUAUUAAUCACCACCAUUAAUAUUAAAGGGAAUAUUAAAGAUACAGAAGCUGGCUUCUGCAUUUGCUCAAUUAUUAUACUUUUUUUUCAAUUAUUAUACUUCUAAUGGUAGUGUACUUUAGUUGCAAUAAAUUAAUAGGUGAUCAUU